GGUGUGUAGGAGAGUAGUAUAGGCAAUAAUCUUCGUACACAUCAUCACCAUCACUCAGCCACACAGAGAACGGCUAUGGCGGCAGUGCUGCAGCACAUCUCCUCCUCCGUUGUCGUUCCUCCGCCCUCUCGGCUUCACUUUCAUCCCGCCCGCAGUCGCCGCAGCUUCGUCCCUUCCGCCUCCGCCGCCGCUCGUGAGUCGCCUCCUACCGAGCAUAGGAGUUAUGCCAUUGGCCGGCGGCAACUGAUCGGCGGCCUACAUGCCGCCGCUGCAAUUUCACUUUCACCGUUAGGGUCCGCGGCGCUGGCGGGAGACGACCAGCUGUCCGAAUGGGAAAGAGUGUACCUCCCCACUGAUCCCGGCGUCGUCCUUCUGGAUAUUGCUGUGGUGCCGGACGAUCCUUCUCACGGUUUUUUGCUAGGCACCAGACAAACUAUUUUGGAGACUAAAGAUGGAGGCAAUACUUGGGUUCCACGCACUAUACCCUCAGCUGAAGAUGAGGAUUUCAAUUAUCGAUUCAACUCCAUUAGCUUCAAAGGAAAAGAAGGUUGGAUUGUAGGCAAACCGGCGAUUUUGUUGUACACUGCAGAUGCUGGGGAAACAUGGAAAAGAAUACCUUUGAGUUCUCAGCUUCCUGGUGAUAUGGUAUAUGUAAAUGCAACUGGAGAAAAGAGUGCAGAAAUGGUGACUGAUCAAGGUGCAAUCUACGUAACAUCAAAUGGAGGAUACAACUGGAGGGCUGCGGUACAAGAGACAGUUUCAGCUACUUUAAAUAGAACAGUUUCUAGUGGUAUCAGUGGUGCUAGCUACUAUACUGGCACUUUUAGUACUGUGAAUCGCUCGCCAGAUGGAAACUAUGUUGCAGUUUCAAGUCGGGGUAACUUCUAUUUGACAUGGGAACCUGGUCAGGCAUUCUGGCAGCCACAUAACAGGGCGGUUGCAAGAAGAAUUCAGAACAUGGGCUGGAGAGCUGAUGGGGGUCUUUGGCUUCUUGUCCGUGGUGGGGGACUUUACCUCAGCAAGGGCACAGGCAUAACUGAAGAGUUUGAGGAAGUGCCUGUACAAAAUCGAGGAUUUGGAAUUCUUGAUGUUGGGUAUCGCUCACAGGAGGAAGCUUGGGCUGCCGGAGGUAGUGGUGUUCUGUUGAAAACCACAAACAGUGGGAAGUCUUGGAGUCGGGACAAGUCAGCAGACAACAUUGCUGCAAAUCUCUAUUCUGUGAAGUUUAUAAAUGAGAAACAAGGAUUUGUGCUGGGGAAUGAUGGAGUCCUACUGAAAUAUCUAGGAUGAAUAAAAAAAUUUCACAAGGUAUCUCCACCACAGUAGUAGUAAAUACCAUACCACCACAUCACUCCUUGCACAGGUUAGGAGUCAUGUUUGCUACUCCCAACCCCAUGUUGUUUCUUCUAUGCUAUAUAUUAUUAUUAUGUCUGCCAUUUUCAGUUAAUCUUGAGCCUGAUCCUCAAGCAAGAAUUGCGAUUCAAUUGCUUGCUUUGUAAAUGUUCCCUUCGGCAUUUAUCAAAUAUUGAUUUUUUACAUCAA